AUGGAGAUUGUGGAAAAAUGGAUAACGCAUUAUUGUAGCAGUCAUAGAAUACUGCUGGUGGGUGAGGGUGAUUUCUCUUUUGCCGCUUGCUUAGGAAGAGCUUUUGGUUCUGCCGUCAACAUGGUAGCCACUUCUCUUGAUUCAAGAGGUCCUGUGAACGAUGGAGAUACCAUGAGCCAACAUGCCCUCCUCAAAAUGGACUUAUUCGACAGGAUAGUCUUCAACUUUCCUCAUGCUGGAUUCUUCUCCUGUCGUGAAGAUGGAGCUUUCCUAAUUGAGCUCCACAAAAAGGUGGUGAAGGGCGUUCUGAGGAACGCACAUGAGAUGUUGGCAGAGAAUGGAGAAGCUCAUAUAACGCAUAAAACUGCUCAUCCAUUCAGUAAGUGGGAAAUAAAGGAGAUAGUAAAUGAAGUUGGAUUAGGCUUGUUUAAGAAAGUUCCAUUUUCGAUAUGGGACUAUCCAGGUUGUAAAAACAAGAGAGGAGAUGGAAAAAGAAGCAAUGACAGCUUUCCGUUUGCAGAAUGCAGUACUUUCAAGUUUAAGAAGCGUCCUCUCCUAGCAUUAAUUACCUGAAAUGUGAAACUUAAUUGAGUGAACAGUAUUAUAGAGUUAAUAAAAUCUGUCCCUUACUCAAUUCUGCCUACAAUUUCUAUGUGACCUCUAAGCUUGAUAUGAAACUGGAUGAGGUAAAAUUUACUUAGGCAGGCAUGUCAUCAUGGUUUCCCUGCACAAUUGAGUAAUUUGAAGAUUUGAGUAUCUAGUCUCUUCUUAAUACGGAAAGAGAAACUAAAAUUUUAAUUUAAUGUUGCAUUAGAAAA